UUGGAAAUUAUAUCACAAUUUUAUCGUUUUUUAUAUCAACGUAUAGUUUAGACGCUUUCCCAGUCUUGUUUACCACUUUUUUUGGAGCUACGAACUCUCGAUAUUCACAUUUCCCACCGCCCUUGGAGGCAGCAUUACCCACCAGCAGCAACAGCAGCAGCAGCAGCCAUCCGCAUCAAACACAUUUCAUUCAGUGAGUGGCCGCUCCAUAGAGAACAACAGGCUACCUCCCCCUGUCCUGUAAUGCUGCACAGCUAUGGGACAAAGGAAACAAAAAAAUCUAUGAAGCAAGGUUGCCAUCUAACAAAGAGCCAUAAAAUCAACAUCAGAAUGGGAUCCUAACCUAGGGGAACAUCAUAAACACAACACCUUUUCUUUUUGUCAUUGAUUUCACAUUUUUCAAAUCUCAUAGGCUAUUUAUUGUUAGCAGAUCCCUUCAUAGACGAUAUUCUAAAGUGUUAAGUUAACAAAGGUGAUCUUCUGUAUACAGUCAAGAUACCACUAUUACUUUUAGGAUAAUUUGGCCCUGAUGUUGUGUUGUGAUAAAGGUUUCUUGUGACAGAGCAGAGCUUCUGUUAAUAGCGAUGUGGAAUAAAACAUGCUCAUAACUAGAGGGGUUAAGUCCGCCUCGGUCUUUCUGGCAGGGCAGUCUUUACUCCAACACCCAGCCCUGCAUCAGCUCCACGGUGUCCUCAUGUGGCACUAGAUACUGACUGACUUGUCAGCACAGCCAGGAGCCGAGUGAAGCUGCGUCCCCAGCUGCGCCAUGACUUCGUCGGACAAUGAUGAGACGGGGAGUGAUCUGUCGGAGUCUCUGGAGAUCCGUGAGCUCCAGGACCAGUACAUGGACACAGAGAACUGCUUCAAAUCCAAAAGCUUACCCAUCCUGAAUGGACCCUGUCAGCAGGACCGCAAAGCUGCCGAGCCACGGCUGGUCAGCACCGCUCACACCUGCGUGGCUGUGGACGAGAGCAGCGAGCUCCAGCCAAAAACCCCAGACUCCAGCCAGGCAGAGUCUCCCUCCUCCCGGACAGACUUCUCCCCCUCUGUCUCCAGCAUGGUGGGGCUCAGCAGCUCUCUACCUGUGGAGGGCCACAGGGCUGCAGGCUCCGGGGGUAAAAAACUCGGCUUCUCUCUCACCCGCCUUAUCCGCAUCCCAGCCAGGAAGUACGUGCGGGUCAUCCUGAGGGACUCUCGCUGCUUCCUGUUCUGCAUGUGCUACCUGACCUUCAUUCAGUCCCUGAUGGUUUCGGGCUACCUGAGUAGUGUCAUCACCACCAUCGAGAAGCGCUACAGCCUCCGCAGCUCUGAGUCAGGCCUGCUGGUCAGCUGCUUUGACAUCGGCAGCCUGCUGGUGGUCGUCUUCAUCUCCUACUUUGGGGGCAGAGGUCAGAGGCCACGCUGGCUGGCUGUGGGCGGUGUGGUCAUUGCUAUAGGGGCAGCAUUGUUUUCCCUGCCCCACUUCAUCUCACCACCCUACCAGAUCCAGGAGAUGAACUCAUCAGCGGGCCACGAAGGCCUUUGUCUCAUCGGCAACAACAGCGGGCGUGAGCUGCUUGACGUGGCGUCGUGCCCUCGCGACCAGGAGGGCAAUGAGCACAAUCUGUAUGUGGCUCUGUUCAUCUGCGCCCAGAUACUCGUGGGCAUGGGGUCUACGCCAAUCUACACCCUGGGGCCCACCUACCUGGAUGACAAUGUGAAGAAAGAAAACGCAUCUCUCUACCUGGCCAUCAUGUAUGUGAUGGGAGCCCUGGGACCUGCAGCUGGUUACCUGCUGGGAGGCGUGCUCAUCGGCUUCUACGUGGACCCCAAAACUGUUGUCAACAUCGACCAGAGUGACCCUCGCUUUGUUGGCAACUGGUGGAGCGGCUUUCUCUUGUGUUCCAUAGCCAUGCUUCUGGUUAUCUUCCCCAUGUUUGCCUUCCCCAAAAAGCUGCCUCCACGCCACAAAAAGAAGAAGAAGAAGAAAAAGAUCAGCUCGCCCGGUGACGUGUCCAGCGACGAUGACGUGAUGAAGGAAAAGUCCGGUGGCAAAGGCCAGAACGUCUCCUCCUCCAUGGGCUUUGGGAAGGACAUCAAAGAUCUUCCCAAGGCAGCGUUGAGGAUCCUCAGCAACAUGACCUUCCUGUUUGUCAGCCUGUCCUACACGGCAGAGUGUGCCAUCGUCACCGCCUUCAUCACCUUCAUUCCCAAGUUUAUUGAGUCACAGUUUGGUAUCCCCGCUUCCAACGCCAGUAUAUACACUGGUGUGAUCAUCGUACCCAGCGCCGGGGUAGGCAUCGUGUUGGGGGGCUACAUCAUCAAGAAGCUGAAACUUGGUGCCAGAGAGUCAGCGAAGCUGGCCAUGAUCUGCAGCGGGGUGUCUCUGCUGUGCUUUUCCACACUCUUCAUAGUGGGCUGUGAGAGCAUCAAUUUAGGAGGCAUCAACAUACCCUACACUACUGGUCCGACCCUGACGAUGACCCACAGGAACCUGACGGGUAGUUGCAACGUGAACUGUGGCUGCAGGAUCCAUGAGUACGCUCCGGUUUGCGGCUCUGAUGGCAUUACCUAUUUCAACCCCUGCCUGGCUGGAUGCAGCACCGUGGGCAAUGAUAGCACCGGAAUCAGGAACUACACCGACUGUGGCUGCGUGCAGAGCAGACAGGUCAUCACUCCGUCCUCCGGCGGCCAGGUCAACCAGCUGCAGCUGGUCAUCGUCAAAACUUACCUGAAUGAAAACGGCUAUGCGGUGUCGGGGAAAUGCGACCGCACUUGCAACACGCUCAUCCCUUUCCUCAUCUUCCUCUUCAUUGUCACUCUCAUCACCGCCUGUGCCCAGCCUUCUGCCAUCAUCGUCACACUCAGGUCUGUUGACGAACAGGAGAGGCCUUUUGCUCUUGGGAUGCAAUUUGUCUUGCUUCGAACUCUUGCCUACAUCCCCACACCCAUCUACUUCGGUGCUGUGAUCGACACCACCUGCAUGCUGUGGCAGCAGGACUGCGGCGUGCACGGCUCAUGCUGGGAGUACGACGUCACCUCGUUCCGCUUCGUCUACUUCGGCCUGGCCGCCAGCCUCAAGUUCGUAGGCUUCAUCUUCAUCUUCCUCACCUGGUACUCGAUAAAGCACAAGGAGGACCGGGCCGAGCGCUGGCGCCAGCACCUGCCUCCGCUGGGCACCGUCAGCGAGCUCAUAUGCCACGCCGGAGGCCAGAAGAGCCACGCCCGCACCCGCUCCUGCCCCGUGUUCAUCCCACCACGGCCCGACCCGCCCACCGCCCUGCUGCUCAACCGCGGUCACAGCAGCCUCAGUUGCCCCGGCAACACCCUCAAAGCAAUAACCCCUCCCAUCCUGUUGCCGCAUCACCACAGAGGCUCCGCCCAUGUCUGAGAGCACCCCAAAGCCUCCCUCCGGGGUUCAUUGUGACACGUGCCUUCCUGUCUCUGUCUCUGCACCACUCAGUGUCUGCUUUACACCAAUCAGACACCAGGCGGGGCUCCAAAGCUGCUGUAGGACUGACAGGCAGAGACACAUGUACGCCCACCAUACUUAAAGGGCUGCUCAUUGCUGUUUCUGAUAACAGGAGACUGACAGAUGUUCUUUUACUCUGAGCAUAUCAUCAGCUGCAGCCACACACGGCAUCCACGGAAGGUCAGACUUCCACUUCAAGGUUUGGACGAUGUUAAGACAUCACAUGGUGCUACUGUUAAAGGCAGGGCAUUAUAAUCUCCGUACAGACAGAUGAGUCAUCAUCAACACGGCGUCUAAAGCACAACUGACAAACCUGUACUAUGCAAGAUCCUAUGUACAGCUCCUCCCUUCUCAGUACUGUACAGCUCACUCUGUAUUCUACAUCUGUACCUCUCUCUCAUCAUCUUCUUCUUCUUCUCGGCCUCUGCUCAAUUCACACAUCCAUGUUGUCGGCUCAUUCAGAAACACCAUUUUACCUUAAAGUCUGAGCUGUUAACAUAUCAGCCCUCUCUCUUAUAUUUGAGCCAAUUCACCUGUUCUCACGUCUGGUUAUCAUGUGUUGUUUGCAUCUUCUGAAUUGACAGAAUGGGUUUUUUUUUUUUUUUUCAAUCCUCUCACCUCUAUUUUUCUUCCUUUUUUGUAACAGUGCCUCUCAGGCUGUCUAGGCCAGUCCAAUAUACAAAGCUGGCUACCAGGUAAAUGCUAGCUACAGAAAAGCCAGUCACUGUCCUCUCAGUUGAGCGACAAUACUCAGCUUCGUUGCCCUCAGCUUUCAUGUUUGGGAACAGUUGACACUGAGUCAAAGAUUCUUGCCUCGGCAAGGAAACCAUGUAGCUUAAAGCCGACAAGCACCAGUGGUACAGUGUUAAAUGACUUGAAUGAAAAGUCAGGUCUUAAAUUUCAUUACGUGUCACCCGACAUGAUCACAAUGUUAACGAUUAGCAAAGUGGCAAAUAGGAGAAAGGAAUAAGAAAGGUAUCUCAUCUCUGACCAUGUGCUGAAGCUACUGUAUGUCCUAAAGAUGUGAUCGUACCUGAAACUGGAAAUGUGAGGGGGAUUUUUUUUUAAAAUGUGGCAAAAUUGCUGUUUUCUUAACAAAUCUGACCCCUUUU